AUGAGAUUCACCGUUGUGGCUCUCGCCGUGUGCCCAUUCUAUGCAGUCGCAGCACCUCAAGCUACGGGAGAUGCCGCUGCUGCCCCUAGACCCUCCGAGGUGACGGUUCAAGUACCAGGCGGCAGCAUUAUUGGAAAAGUCACCGGCGUUGAGAGCUUCAAUGGCAUCCCCUAUGCAGAACCUCCGGUCAAUGCCUCUCGUCUACGACCGCCGAAAAGAUUCACCGGCGAGCUAGGUGUUUUCAACGCCACGCAGCCAGCGCCCGGCUGUCCUCAGAUGCCGCCCAACACCACCGACGUUCUGCUGCCGCCGCUUCUGGGCCAGGCAGCGACGCCAGAAGUGUGGCCAGAAGACCAGAUCAAAGGCCGGGAAGACUGUCUCACCGUCAACGUGCAACGACCCACAGGAACCAGCGCGAAUGACAAACUGCCUGUGCUGUUUUACAUCUUUGGAGGCGGCUUCAUGUUUGGCGCCACCAAUGCCAACGACGCUGAAAACUUUAUCAAAUUUGCCGGAUGGCAGAACCAAAGGUUCAUCUUUGUCGGCGUCAACUACCGCGUGGGAGGCUUUGGCUUCCUGGGCGGCGACGAGGUACUAAAAGACAACAGCACGAACCUUGGGCUUCGAGACCAGCGCAUGGGUCUCGAGUGGGUGGCCGACAAUAUCGCCUACUUUGGCGGCGAUCCAGAUCGAGUGACCAUCUGGGGCCAGUCUGCCGGUUCCAUCUCCGUCUUUGACCAGAUGGCGCUGUAUGGGGGCAACGCAAACUACAGCGGGAAGCCGCUCUUCCGCGGCGCCAUCAUGAACUCGGGCAGUGUGAUUCCCACGGAGCGCGUCAAUUCGACGCGGGCGCAGGCCAUCUUUGACGCCGUCGUCGACGCGGCCAACUGCACGUAUUCGACCACGACCAGGCUAGACUGUCUGCGAAAAGCCCCGUUUGAGACGUUUUAUCGUGCAGCAAACUCGGUUCCACGAAUUCUCGACAACUCAUCGCUUGCUCUCUCGUACUUGCCGCGACCGGAUGGCGAGCUGCUGAUCGACAGCCCGACGGUUCUUGUCAAAACAGGCAAAUACUAUGCGGUUCCCGCCAUUCUGACCGACCAGGAGGACGAGGGGACACUUUUUGCGUUUGCGCAGAGGGAAGUCACCAGUACCGAUAAGCUUAUAGACUAUCUCUUGGAGACAUUCUUCAGCAGGGCAACGCGGGAGCAGGCUGCUGGUCUUGUGGCGACUUACCCUGAAGCAUCGGCCGAUGGUAGUCCGUUUCGGACACAGGACCGCAACGAGUGGUAUCAAAAUACAUAUGGGACCGGCAACGGGUUUAAAAGGAUGGCGGCUAUUCUGGGCGAUUUCGUCUUUACCCUGGCCCGCCGCCUCGCGCUCGACGGCAUGGCGGCAUCGCAUCCGGAUGUGCCUCUCUGGUCAUCCAUUAGCUCCAUCGCCCACGGCGUGGCGCCGUACUGGGGCACGCCGCACGGAGCGGACUUGAACAUGCUGUUUAAAGGUAUCGGGGUACCUGCGAUUUCCACCAGAACAUACUAUCUGAAUUUCUUGUACAAUCGUGACCCCAACGUUGGCAACGCGUGGUACGCCGUCUGGCCAAAGUGGACGGCGGAGAGCAAGGAUCUGGUGUGGACUACGCUGUCGGGAAAUUGGGGGAUCAAGGACGAUUUCAGGGAUGACAGUUAUGCGUUCCUAAAGAACAAUACGAAAGCGCUCUAUUUUUGA